AAAUAAAUCAACGGUGCAUUCUUAGCGCACCCAGUGAGCCCACGCUGCGAAUUGGCCGUGUAUUGCAACUCCAACCAAACAAACGCGCUGCUUGAACCUUCAUCAGAUCUAAAAUUUUAGCUCCCUCGUUCUCCCUAGAACUCUCCGCCCAUUUCAUGUCAAACCCUAGAAUUCGCCAUCUCUCUAUUCUCCUUGAUACCGCUUUCUUCCAAAUCGUUCAAUGGGUUUUUUGAUAAAUCGCGCUACAAUCCUGUUUCUUCCAACUCUCAUAAUCUAGAUGAGUAGAAUAUUUUCAUCUCUUAUAAGUUUGUGUUAUAUUUUCAAGCCGAUCUAUAGAGAGAGAACGAUGCCGACCUCGUACUACACUCGACGUUCGCUUCGGCUAUUGCGGCAACAGGCCUUCCAUGGCUACUAGCUAAAGGACUUGACACGUUUACCUCUAUCAGUGAAAUGAUUCCUGUAUCUGUAGUGCCUGAUCCUCAUAACUUGGAGCCGUGGUUGGAUGUUGAUGGAGAAUCGAAGCAGAAAGGAUCAACAAAAGACAUGAUAUUCAAAAUCCCAUUCUUGAUUAGCCAUAUCAGUUCUCUCAUGACACUUAUGGAAGGAGAUGUCAUCCUAACAGGUACGAGCUUGGUUUUCUUGAUUUUACACAAAAAUCUCAAACGAAGGAGAACGAAAACUACGGAGAAGAAGAACUCGCCGAUCUCUACUAGGUUUUUGGCUGCUGUUAAGGCCGUUUUGGUGCUGGUUGUAGCCUACUCAGCUUCUCCAGGUGCUGCUGCAGGAGUGUUGGAUGUGGGCUGUAUUCCUGAUCUGCAGUAUGUUCUGCAGGGAGUGGGCUGGGGUGUGUGCAGUCAAGCAGUUAGGCCUGAUACAUUGUUUUUCGCUUUUGUAGUGUUUGGUUGUUAAGGAGUGGUCUGUACUCCUUUAACCUUUUAUGGUGUUUCUUGUUUGGAUUCUUGGUUCCUACCUUUUGGUAAUAAAUUUUGCUAAUUUACC